GAAACCUCGGUUGAAGGCGUGCGCUGUAUCUUUAUUCUCGGCCCAAACUUUUCAUACCCUGUUCAUCUACGACAUCCAUUUACCCAAAGCAAUUUCAUUUCAUCAUCAUUCACUCAUACAUCCGGGCGAAGCAAUCCCCUAGUAUUACCGCUCCUGGUGAUCCUUUUGUUCCUGUUUUAGCUCGAUUUCCAUACAUAAUCCCCAUUGAUCUUCAACGAUAAUAACAGCAGGCAUUAUUAUGGAAGUAAAAAAAGGACAUCCAACGCAACAAGGCUCUUUCAGACCCAACCUCUGAUGUCGAGCUUCCCUGCGACCUCUCCCCUGCACGAACUAGGUCCCCAUCCAGUUAGCUCUCCGUCUUGCUACCCCAGCGGCCAAGCCGCGAUGGGAUACCACACCAAUGAGCGGGUACUAAUGCAUCAGAAAGGAGCCUAAGAACUUUACUUUUUCUGCCCAGUGGCUGGCAUCUCGUGUGGACGUCAGGGUACAGGGGGGCCAAGGACGCCGCCCUCUGCCGGUCGUCGAGUUUGAGCAUCGCCGACGAAUGAUAUGGGUGAUGUCCAGAGUGUCGGGAAAUGGUUGGGCCCCCAACAAGACGUGUCAUUCUGUGGGAAAUUCCUUGAUAUGUUUCUCCCAGCAAUUCUAUGUGUUCUGCACCCGUCAUCUGCACGGAUUCCGGAGUCGUUUAGCUACUCGCAACGGAGUGUCGCCAUGCUGCGCGUUAGACGGAGUUUAUAUUGCUCCGAAUGCAAAGGCGAGUCUUAUGCAUGCAUCAAAACAAUGGUUACUCCCGUCGGAGUGCAGAGUACGACAUCGUUAUCGACAGAGAGUGAUUUUUCGCGACAACGCUGGUUGAAAAGAUGAAACAAAUGCCACCUGUCCUUUCUUCUCGUCUAUCACUUUUUAUUUUUAUUUUUAUUUUUAUUUUUUUUUUUCUCUCUCUCCCUUCCCCUGCCAAUUAUUAAUCCCGCGUUACAAUUUCCCCCAGCUAGAGGUUCUCGGAUGCGAGGGAUCGUCGGGCUAAGAGCAGAUCUGACACGCGGUCCAGGCACUGCAAGUCUUUAUGCACUGGGGUUCCUAUGCGCUUCGCUGACUUCCAACCCGGAUUUCGGGCAAAAUUGACCCCCAACAAGGCAAGUUUCCAAGUAUGCUACCAGUUCGGAGGCCUUAACCAACUUAUAUAUUUUUGAGCCGGGCCACUCCCUCUCACAGUAACAGAUAGAAGGACUUUGUGCAUUCACCAAUAUGGAUGGACAUGCUCGGAAUCGCUGCCCGGGUUCGGUCUCUCGAUCCUUGUCCUUGUUACAUUGUCACAAAUAACUUCUACGACUCCGUACUCCGGACACAGGAUCUGAGGCUUGUGGACAACGGUUGAACGCUGCCGGGGUUAUCCAGUUGAGACUGCUGGAUGCCCGGGAAAAAAUUUAUCCCGUUGAUAAGGACAGUCCUCGUAGUCUAUACUCCGUAUGGACCCUCACCUUUUUCUCCAUACGAAAACCCAUCUCUGUGUUAGGGUAUAAAUAAAGUCUCCAUUCGCAUAUUUGCUAUGUAAUAUUUUUCGUGCUCGUGAAA